AUGGUGAACAUCAACAUUGCAUACACCUCCCGCAUCAACCCCGCCGGUGCGACACCGGUGCUCAACGAAGCACAAAUCUGGGCUGGCCUGCAGCGCAAGAUACGUUUUGCCCAAGAAUUCGUGCCUGUGAUUGAGAGCUGCGAGGUACUUGAAGAGAAAGAUGGAGUGGUAACUAGGGACGUCAAAUUCAAGAAGGGAACGGGCCCCAAGGAUCAGGCCAAGGAAGUCGUUAGAAGCUACUGGCCGAGUUGGGUCGAUUUCGAGCAAGAAGACGGAAGUCAUGUCCGCAACAUCAUCUCCGAUGGUCCAUCUGGUGAGACCGAGGACUUGAACAUGACUUAUGCUUUCGAGUGGAUCAUGCCAAGUUUGCAAGAGGGGACUCCAGAAGCUGACAAGGAGAGGCAACGACUCAAGGGCAUGGCGAAGAAAGCAGUUGAGAGCAGCAUCGACGCGAUUCGGGAGAUGGUCAAGGAUGGCAGGGUCAAGGCAUAA